AUGGAGCUGUCAGGCACCGAACCCACCAGUGACAGCCACCUGCCACUCACAUCAGCUGAUUUAGUGGACAUUGAGUUCAAGGUCAUGAUUGACAAGUUUAUCACCAAAGGGCCCAACUGUACUGUCUCAGAGUUCAUAUUGAAGCUGGGAGUGUUUAUGAAGAAGUUGGACCUCUGGAUGAAGAACAUGGACUGCAAAUACAGCUACAGAAUGUUCGAACUCCUUACUACCUUUGAGACCAAUCUGCUUAUCAGGACUGGGAAACAAGAGGAGCUCAUAGAUGUACAGUCUGAUGAGACAACAAAGAUGAAGCAUGAGGAACGUUGUCCUAUAAACUUCUGGGUGAACAUGGCCUCCUCAUACCCAACACUACCCCAUCUCGUUAUUCCCCAGCUACUGAUUUUCCCCUCUACAUGGGAGCACAAGUAUGGGUUCUCAGUCAUGAUGAACAUCAAGUCAAAGAGCCAGAACUGUCUUGCUGCACCUGGGCAUGAUUUCCAAUAUUGGGCCACCAUUGAACAAUGA